AUGGCGAACUGCGUCCUUAGACGGGCCGUCCCGCAGGCGUUGCUCGCCGCCUCGCCGGCGAUCAAAGGAUCGUCUGCGAUUAAAGGCGCUCCCGUUGUCGUGCGCAUUGCGCCGAGCCGCGAUGUUAAGGGCCGGCUUGCGACAGCAGGGAGGAGUCGCCAGCGCGACAUUGUGCGACUGGCGCUGCCGAGUAAAGGUCGCAUGGCGGAAGACACGCUCGCGCUGCUUAAGGAGUGCGAGCUGACCGUGCGAAAGCCGAACCCUCGCCAAUACAUCGCCGAGAUCACCGAGAUCGAGGGCCUGGAGGUGUGGUUUCAGCGCGCGUCGGACUGCGUGCGGAAGCUGCUGAGCGGUGACGUGGACAUGACGAUUGUGGAUAAGGGGCACGUGGACAAGUCUAUUAUGGGGUUCGUUGGUGAAGGAGUAUGGCAAGGUAUGAGAGAGAUUAAAGACAUAUGGUGUGGUGGGAAGGUACUGCAGAGAUACAGAGAUAUUAUGGCGUGGUAUGGCAGAUAUGAUUACGGCGUGGUAUGGUCGGGAUUAUGGGCUGAUAUUAAGCAGAGUGGAAGGGAUGACGCCGACGACCCCAACCUAGUCAUCGUGCACGAUUCCCUUGGCUUCGGCAAGUGCCACCUCAGCGUUGCUGUGCCCUCGUACGGCAUAUUCGAGCGGAUCAACUCCAUUCAAGAUCUCAUCGCCAUGCCUCAGUGGUCCGCUGACAAUCCCCUCCGUAUAGUCACAGGCUACACCCAUCUAGGCCGGCGUUUCUUUGAUCAGCUUGGCUUCCCGCACGUGCAACUCUCCACAGCUGAUGGUGCCUUGGAAGCUGCUCCUGCUAUGGGCACGGCAGACGCCAUUCUGGACCUGGUCAGCACAGGCACGACGCUCAAGGAGAACAACCUGAAAGAACUCAAGGGGGCGGAUGUGCUCAACAGUCAGGGUGUGUUUGUGGUGAGCAGGAGGGCGUUGGAGGAGAGGGAGGGGCUGCUGGGGAUGACAAAGGAGAUGCUGGAACGCAUUGAGGCUCACCUGUGUGCGCGCGACCAGUACAUUGUGACGGCCAACAUGAGGGGGCUAUCAGAGGAGGACGUGGCACACAGAGUGCUCGAGCAAACGUCCUUCCCUGGCCUGCAGGGUCCCACCAUCUCGCGAGUAUACUCGCGGGGGGACGACUCAUCGGAUGGAGCAGCGGGGAUCAAGGUGGACUAUUUCUCGGCCACUGUGGUGGUGCCUCGCGCGCAGAUCUACAAGUCUAUCCGGGAGCUUCGCAAGGCCGGUGGAAGUGGAGUGCUGCGCUCCGCGCUGUACACGUGGCUCCCUUUCGGCCUUCGCAUCGGCAUCUUUUUCUUCUGCCUCGUCGCUUUCAGUCUGUUGUUAGCGACCAAGGCGACGGUGACGUCGUACAGCGCGGGCGCGUUUCUGGUGGGCAUGACAAUCCUGGGGUUCAUAUUCGCCGUGAUGCUGCUGGUCUACAACUCCGUGCGCAUCUGCGUCGCCGGCUCCGAGGCGUACGAUUGGAUGAUGGACAUCGUUCAGUUCUUCGAAAGCUACGUGAGUCCAUUCGAGUCGUACCCCAUUGAGUCGUACGUUGUGGACAUUGUGCAGUUCUUCGAGUCCUACAUCAUGUCGCUUCUGCUGUUCGCCGCCGCCACGUCAGGAGCAGCUGCGUGCAACACCUGGUGGAACACCGGCGCAUUGAACAAUAUGGUGCUCGGAGAUUACAGCACCAGCGCAACCAAGGCCAUGCUCGCUUCCCUGGGUCUGAGCACCACACUCCCUGGAACGUUAGACUACGAAUCCUAUAUUAAUCAAUACAUUAAUGACGCUAAUGCGGAUCUGAGCAAGGUCCGUGGUGCAUGCGCCAUGGCUUUUUUCGCUGCUUUCAUCUACAUCGCAAUGUUUUGGUACUACACCAUCCGCAUGUACAAGCGCGGUGUGCUCAAGGCCGUUGCUGAUGCAGCGCCAGCAGCAGUGAAGGCCAACGUACCUCCCUACAACGUGUGA